UGACUUGUGGACACCAUGGCUGCCACCACCACCAGCAUCUGCCAGUUCUCCACCUCCGGCUCCCUCAAGGGCCUGUGCGCACCCGGCGGGGGUUUCUCUCGGGUGUCCUCCGUCCACGUCGGGGGUGCCUGCCGGGCCCCCAGCUUCCUGGGAGCCGGCAGCCUUGGCAACAUGUCAGUCACCUCGUCCCGCUUCUCGGCGGGCUUGGGGGGCAGCUACGGUGGGGGCUACACCUGCAACCUGGGCGGGGGCUUUGGCUCCAGCUUUGGCGUGGCAGACGCCCUGCUGGGGGGCGGUGAGAAGGAGACCAUGCAGAACCUCAACGACCGCCUGGCCUCCUACCUGGAGAAGGUGCGCGCCCUGGAGGAGGCCAACGCCGACCUGGAGGUGAAGAUCCGCGAUUGGUACAAGAAGCAGGGGCCCGGGCCCGCCCGCGACUACAGCCACUACUUCAAGACCAUCGAGGAGCUGCGGAGCAAGAUCCUGGCGGCUACCAUCGACAAUGCCAGCUUCGUGCUGCAGAUUGACAAUGCCCGCCUGGCAGCUGAUGACUUCCGCACCAAGUACGAGACGGAGCUGAACCUGCGUUUGAGCGUGGAGGCCGACAUCAACGGCCUGCGCAGAGUGCUGGACGAGCUGACCCUGGCCAGAGCCGACCUGGAGAUGCAGAUCGAGAACCUCAAGGAGGAGCUUGCCUACCUCCGGAAGAACCACGAGGAGGAAAUGAUCGCCCUUCGAAGCCAGGUGGGUGGGGACGUCAAUGUGGAGAUGGACGCCGCCCCUGGCGUGGACCUGAGCCGCAUCCUGAACGAGAUGCGCGACCAGUACGAGAAGAUAGCGGAGAAGAAUCGCAAGGACGCUGAGGACUGGUUCUUCAGCAAGACGGAGGAGCUGAACCGGGAAGUGGCUACCAACACCGAGGCCCUGCAGAGCAGCAGGACGGAGAUCACGGAGCUCCGCCGCUCCGUGCAGAACCUGGAGAUCGAGCUGCAGUCCCAGCUCAGCAUGAAAGCAUCGCUGGAGGGCAGCCUGGCUGAGACCGAGGCGCGCUACGGGGCCCAGCUGGCCCAGCUGCAGGGGCUCAUCAGCAGCAUCGAGCAGCAGCUGUGUGAGCUGCGCUGCGAUAUGGAGCGCCAGAACCACGAGUACCGGAUCCUGCUGGACGUGAAGACGCGGCUGGAGCAGGAGAUCACCACCUACCGCCGCCUGCUGGAGGGCGAGGACGCCCACCUGGCCGCCCAGUACUCCUCGUCCCUGGUCUCACAGCCCACUCGGGAAGCCACGGUGAGCAGCCGCCAGGUGCGCACCAUCGUGGAGGAAGUCCAGGACGGCAAGGUGGUCUCCACCCGCGAGCAGGUCCACCGCUCCACCCACUGAAGCCCCUUUCCACCU